AUAUCCGGUAGGGUCAGUGGACGAGGCGGUGCGGAACCGGCGUUGUCUACUGAGCUUUUCCAGGACUGAGCCGACAUGGCGGCGGCUUUUCGGAAAGCGGCUAAGUCGCGGCAGCGGGAACACCGAGAGCGAAGCCAGCCCAGCUUUCGAAAACAUCUGGGCCUGCUGGAGAAAAAGAAAGAUUACAAACUUCGUGCAGAUGACUACCGGAAAAAGCAAAAAUACCUUAGAGCUCUCCGGAAGAAGGCUCUUGAAAAAAAUCCAGAUGAAUUCUACUAUAAAAUGACUCGGGUUAAACUCCAGGAUGGAGUUCAUGUUAUUAAGGAGACUAAGGAAGAAGUAACUCCAGAACAGCUGAAACUGAUGAGAACUCAGGAUGUCAAAUAUAUAGAAAUGAAAAGGGUUGCAGAAGCUAAGAAAAUUGAAAGACUAAAAUCAGAGCUCCAUCUGCUGGAUUUCCAGGGGAAGCAACAGAAGAAGCAUGUGUUUUUUUUUGACACCAAAAAGGAAGUCGAACAGUUUGAUAUUGCAACUCACCUGCGAACAACCCCAGAACUAGUCGACAGAGUCUUUAACAGACCUACGAUAGAGACCUUGCAGAAGGAGAAAGUGAAAGGAGUUAACAAUCAGACUCAACUUAAGCAAAUAGCGAAAGAGAGGCAAAAGCAGUAUAACUGCCUGACACAGCGGAUUGAGCGCGAGAAGAAAUUGUUUGUUAUUGCACAGAAAAUUCAGACUCGCAAAGAUCUUCUGGAUAAAACUCAGAAGGUGAAGGUGAAGAAAGAAACAGUCAACUCCCCAGCUAUUUACAAAUUUGAGAGUCGUCGAAAACGUUGAAGUGUUAUCGAUAAGCCUUGUCAUUCCACGUGGAAGAGUUUAUGUUUUGUGUUUCCAGUAACUUCAGAUUCCACUGAUCUAAGUGACUUGGUUUUCCUGUUUAUAACCAUAAUUUAUUAUAGAUCUGACAUUUGAUGUGAACAGUGUUAAAGCCCCUUCCCCCGUCUAAAUUGUUUGUGGGUUGUUGAAUUGUUGAAAUCAGUCUUUUUUUUUGGCCGCUGCGCGAAGCCUGCAGGAUCCCAGGCCCAAGGCAAUGAAAGCGCCAAGUCCCAGUCACUGGACCACCAAGGAAUUCCCUGAAAUCAGUCUCAUUUUUAUAUACUUUCAUUUUUUUUCAUUAUAAAAGUUACAUAGUCUUUUAUGUAGCAGAUUUGGAAAACAAGUGAGUUCGUCUCUAAUCCCAAUGCUUAUUCAAGAACGACAGAUAACUGUUGCGUACUUAACUACGCUAGGAGGUUAGGGAAUGGAGGGGAACGACUAUCAGGAGCAUUCUGGUUGAUUUCCUCCAUUUUGUAGAGGUUGGCACUGGUUUUUGUGUUUUGUAGUUGUAAUUAAACACCUUUACGGCCUACUUUUUUCACGUACUAUUAAAUCAUUAGCUCUUUUCCAUUUUGUUAUUAUCAUUAAAUUUUUAAAAGUAGUAUAUGCUCGUAGUAAAAAUUAAAGUAAAUAUUUCUAA